GGCCUCCAGAGCACCUCUCUUGGUCAUUUGUGCACUUCCUGUACCUGUCGAGGGGGAGCGCCGCGGGGACACCCCGUACAUCAUGGAACAGAGUGCGGUGAGUAUAUGAAUUGGCGUGGUGUGAGAGUGCCUCAGCCUCGUGGCUUGCGGCAGCUAAGUCAAUGACGCCGCACUCCCGCGCCUCAGUUCUUUGCAUUUUCAUUGGCAUCUAGCAUCUGUCAAGCCUUUCCAUGGCGGCUAACUGGCCCAUAUACGAUGCGGCGUUGCUGCGGAGCCUGUUCUUGGCCACUUCCGUGCAACGGACCACGCCCGAGUGUUGUUUGUCCACCUACAGAUGAUCACUGCGACGUGGGUUGGCCGCCCAGGGCGACGUUCAGCGCUCAGGAUCCGGCGUGGAGCUUCGGACACACCGUAUAGUCGCCCAUGCAAAACUCACGCCGCCCGGUGGGCGCUGGCACUGCCGAAGGUGCAUCGGAUGCAUCACCUUCGCUCUCCGAAGGUGCCAGACGCUGUCUACUAUCAAACCUUCUUCGCUGUGGCUCGUUUAAGGUGGGUCGCCCGUACCUUGGACAACCUGAUCCCCGCAGCCGACGCGAGCUUUCCCUUCCCCACCGGCCGCGACUCCAGCCUCGCUUGUGGACAAUAUGGCUGCCCCACAGGAGACCCUCGACCACACCAUUGGUGCAUUCAGCCUCGGAACGUUCCUCAGUUUAAUAUUGUACGGGAUAUGUGCCCUCCAGCUAUAUCGAUACGUGCGGUUGUAUCCCAAAGACAACCUAUCAAUCAAGGUCCUGGUGAUUAUCGUGAUGCUGUUACAAACUAUCCACACGAUCAUGCCAAUGCACGCAUGCUAUUACUAUCUCGUAACGAAUUACUUCAACCCCAACGCUGCUUUGAGAGGUAUCUGGUCAUUGAAUAUCAUACCGACGAUAGCUGCGUUCGUCGUUUUGUCUGCCCAAGCCUUCUUCGCUCGUCGAGUAUAUUUGAUUGGUGGCAUGUCGAAAGUCGUUGCUAUCCUCGCGACUGUAUUUCUUCUUGGCCAUGUCGGCACAAGCAUAUACCUUACUUAUGAAACCUUCCACCUGCAAGUGAUCUCGACGUUCACCGACCAGACGAAAUACAUCAGCUUCGCCUCGCUGCUGUGCGCCGCCGCAGCCGACCUCAUGCUCUCGGGCGCAAUCAUCUUCGCGCUACCGCGCACGCGUGCGAACAGCCAGCAGGGCUCUGACACGUCGAAGCUGGACACCGCCACGCUGUACAUUCUCAACACCGGUUUCUUGACUGGACUGGUUCACGGCAUCGCUGCGAUCUUGUCCAUAGCGUGGCCGUACAGGCUCUACUGGGCUGCUACCGGGAUGGUUGCGAUCAAGAUGUAUGCCGUCACGCUCUUCGCAGUGCUGAACUCGCGCAAGCUGCUCGUGAGCCGCGGAAUCGAGAUCUUCGACACCGGCGACAACGCGCUCGGCAUGAACAUCCUUUCGCGCGCGAAUCAGAUCGCCGCUGUCGAGCAGUGGAACGUCCCCCGGAUGCCGGAGGCGCCCCCGGUGAUCAACAUCAAGGUCGCAGCGGAGAUCGAUACGGAUGGCCACAGCGACCGCGAGAGCGGGAUGGUGUACGACCGCAAGGUUGCGGCGUCGCUCCCCUUGUGAUUCCCAGGUGCCGAACAGUGCUGUGGCGUCUUGAAGGGGGUAUCAACCAAGAGCUUCAUGGACAGUGUCUGAUGGCGGAUGCUACGAAGGGUUCAAGAACUUAAGUUAUCAUGAGGUGUAAUACUGUAUCAACCAUGACAUCGAUUGUCAC